AUGGGAAUCAAUAUCCAUAUACUGCCUCCAGUCUCCUCGGCAACCGUCGGGGCUGCUAGCCCGGUGUCGGUCCGGGGCCGGGAGUCGGACCGGGUGGAUUGGGGCCGUCGGCGUGGGGGUUUGCGAUGGGCCAUGGCGGCUCAGGAGCCCGGUCUCGGCUUCUACCACUUCGCCAUCGGUCCACUUGCCAAGAUGAGUCGGACCGUCACGACAAAAUGCCUCAGGGCAGCGCUGAGGACGAAGGCCGUUCACAGCGCCCCGGCGUCUCUGUCACCGAAAAGCUUCCCUCGCGUUCGAAUGUCCACCGUCGUCGAGAACUUGAACCCAAAGGUCCCAACCCUCAGCGGCGUCAGCGCAUCUCUCUCACCGCCACCGCCACCGCCACCGCCACCUCCACAACCACAUACCCCGACGAGCCAUGAGCGCAUGGAGAGCGAACGACGAGAAAAGGCAACCAAGAUCCUUCGCGACGCAGUGGCUGCCAACGCGCCCAGGCACGACUGGACGAGGGAGGAAAUCUCCGCCAUUUACUAUCAGCCCCUGAUGGAGCUGGCCUACCAAGCUGCCAACGUGCACCGCCGAUUCCACAACCCCGCCCACGUCCAACUCUGCACCCUCAUGAACAUCAAAACAGGAGGCUGCACCGAAGACUGCUCCUACUGCGCCCAGUCCACGCGAUACCAGAAGGGCACGGGGCUGGAAGCCAAAAAAGCCGAGUCGGUCGAGACCGUCCUCGCCGCGGCCCGGGUGGCGCGCGAGAAAGGCAGCACGCGGUUCUGCAUGGGCGCCGCGUGGCGCGACAUGCGCGGCCGCAAGAACGCCCUCCGGAACAUCAAGGCCAUGGUGCAGGGCGUGCGCGCCCUGGGCAUGGAGUCGUGCGUCACCCUGGGCAUGAUCGACGCCGCCCAGGCCCGGGAGCUCAAGGACGCCGGCCUGACCGCCUACAACCACAACGUCGACACGAGCCGCGAGUUCUACCCUUCCGUCAUCUCGACCCGGACCUACGACGAGCGGCUGAAGACCCUGAGCCACGUGCGCGACGCCGGUAUUAGCGUCUGCUCCGGCGGCAUUCUCGGGCUGGGCGAGUCGUCCGAGGACCGCGUCGGGUUGCUGCAUACCGUUUCUACCUUGCCGUCGCACCCGGAGAGUUUCCCCGUGAAUGCGCUCGUGCCGAUCAAGGGGACGCCGUUGGGGGAGCGCCCGCCCGUCGAGUUCACUACGGUGCUACGGACCAUUGCGGCGGCGCGGAUUCUCAUGCCGGCUACGAUUAUCCGGAUCGCGGCGGGGAGGAAGACCAUGGCGGAGGAGAAACAGGCCUUGUGUUUCAUGGCGGGCGCGAACGCCAUCUUUACCGGCGAGAAGAUGCUGACGACUGAGUGCAAUGGUUGGGAUGAGGAUAGUGCCAUGUUUGGCCGAUGGGGUUUGGAGCCGAUGAAGAGCUACGAGAAGUCGCCCGUUCCGGAGCAGGGGGCAUAG